AGCAGUACUCAUGACCAGAACCAAGACCUUAACCGUCUGGUAGUCACCAACCAGUCAAAAUCAACAACCAUCUACUCUCUUCAAUCUCUCUCUCUCUCUCUCUCAAAAAAAAAAAAAAAAAUCACUUCUUUACAAAUUCCAAAAACUUAUUUGUUUCUCUCUGCUAAUGUGUUGAUCAACUUACUUUUUUAUCUUCUAAGGUGUAGAAUCAAAUAAUAUAGUGCAAUUUCAAAGUUUUCACAUAUCUCCUCCUUUGCAAUAUUGUGCAGUAGAAUGAUGGCGAUCAUACAGACUAGCAGCCUGCAGCUGCAAACUAUGUUGCAAAAUUCAGUGCAAUCGGUUAAAUGGACAUAUAGUCUUUUCUGGAAAUUCUGUCCCGAACAAGGGGUGUUAGUGUGGAGAGAUGGAUAUUACAAUGGGCCUAUAAAGACUAGGAAGACUGUGCAGCCAAUGGAAGUUAGUGCUGAAGAAGCUUCUCUUCAUAGAAGCCAACAACUUAAAGAACUUUACGAAUCACUUUCUGCCGGUGAGUCAAAUCAGCCGGCGAGAAGGCCGUCGGCAGCCUUGUCGCCGGAGGACUUGACGGAAUCUGAGUGGUUUUAUCUCAUGUGUGUUUCUUUCUCUUUUCCUCCCGGCAUCGGAUUACCGGGCAAGGCUUAUACAAAGAAACAUCACAUAUGGAUAAUGGGCGCAAACGAUGUCGAUAGCAAAGUCUUCUGUAGAACCAUUCUUGCAAAGAGUGCCCACAUACAGACUGUCGUCUGUAUCCCUCUCUUGGACGGUGUACUGGAACUGGGAACCACAGAAAGGGUUCAAGAAGACAUUGGAUUCAUACACCAUAUAAAGAGCAUCUUCACUGAGCAACAACAACCUCAGCCACCAAAGCCAGCUUUAUCUGAGCACUCCACCUCCAAUCCCCCCACCUUUUCGGAGCCAAAGUUUUACUCAGGCAAUACUCUGCCGUCCGCCAGUAUCCACCUGGCGGAUCAAGACGGUAGAAUUGCCAGAGAAGAAGAAGAGGACGAGGAUCAAGAAGAUGAUGAUGAUGAUGAUGAUGACGACUCAGAUAGUAUAGCAAUUCAAAAUGGGCUUGGCGCGGCUGAGGCUAGUGAGCUCAUGCAGCUUGAUGUGUCUGAAGUUAUACGGCUCGGCUCACCGGAAGAUGGCUCAAAUAAUAUGGACUCGGAUUUUCAUUUGGUUGGCGUUAGCCAAGCAGGAAAUACAGCUGACUCUUUCAAAGCUGAAACUGCCAUUAGUUGGGCUCACUUCCAAGACCUUCAACAUUUACCAGGUGUCCCUAGUAAUGAUGAAUUAUCACAAGAAGACACACACUAUUCUCAAACAGUGUCAGCCGUUCUUGAGCACCUCUCAAACACAAGCUCCAAAGUUUCCUCUAAUUCCAUAAUGGGCUUUAUUUCUCCUGACUCAGCCCAAUCCGCCUUCACAUUAUGUCCCAACAACGCCACCGUUUGCAGCCCAAACCCGGACCACUGCCACCGCCCCGACCCGCUUGCCUCCUCUCAGUGGCUGCUCAAAAACAUACUCUUCACUGUCCCAUUUCUACACACUAAAUUAUACCAAGGUGAACCUAAUUCUCCAAAGUCAUGUGGUGACGUGGCGACUGUUGAUUCGUCCUCGACCGCUUCUCGGUUCCGUAAAGGAUGUACGAUAACCAACCAAAUAGAGCCAAGUGGAAAUCAUGUACUUGCAGAACGACGUCGUAGAGAAAAGCUCAAUGAACGGUUUAUCAUAUUAAGGUCACUUGUACCAUUCGUGACAAAAAUGGAUAAAGCAUCAAUUCUUGGCGACACAAUUGAAUAUGUCAAGCAGUUACGUAAGAAGGUUCAGGAUCUUGAAGCACGUCAUCGUCACACGGAGGGGACCAAAGAUGGAGAUGAAAAGAGUGGUACAGCAAAAGUGAAGGCGUUGCAAGGGAGGGGUAAGAGGACAAUGAAGAAUGUGGAAGGAAGUGUUGGCCGAUCGCUGGCAAAGAUCACGGCGGAGACACCGUGUACAAGGGAGGAUGAGGAGGUUGUGCAAGUACAAGUUUCAAUUAUCGAAAACGAUGCAUUGGUGGAGCUCCGGUGUCCGUACAAAGAAGGGUUGCUAUUAGAUGUAAUGCAGAUGCUAAGGGAACUUAAGGUUGAAGUUGUAGCCAUUCAAUCAUCUCUUAAUGGUGGCAUCUUCUUGGCUGAGUUAAGAGCUAAGGUAAAAGAAAAUAUAUAUGGAAGGAAAGCAAGCAUUCUGGAAGUCAAACAGUCAAUAUAUCAGAUAAUCCCUAGAGUUUAAAUUGGUCCUGAGGUUGUCCCAAAAAAUAGUCUUUUCAACUCUUUCGAAACAAACAAGGGAUAGAAACACAUGCAACUAACGAUGUGUGUUACUUCGACAAGUUGGAUAACAAUUUUCUGGGACACACUCAGAGAGUUAGAGUAAAAUAAAAUGAGAAAAGAAAAAUUGCACAAGGACGGAAAAACUGCUAAUUAAUUUAGUAUAAUUAUAUAUAACCUUACUAUGAAUCGAAGAGUGAUACCGUAUAUGAAUAUCUGUUUUAAAGUUUACGAUGUAAUCCGAAGUCACAUAAUUUUCUUUUCUAGAUUAUUUUUAGGUUUUUGACUUGAAAGACUAAGCUAUUACAUUUAUUUAGCUAGAAUAAGCAUUAUGCAACAAUAGAUGGGGGGCAGUUCAGUUGAUCAAAAUACUAUGGCUUGAAUACAUGUGAACUUUUCAAUUAGAUGAUC